UUAUUGUAUAAAGCUGAUUGUUAUAUACUUAAGAAAUGGAUGACGAAGCUGAAACAUAUAAAUUAUGGCGAAUAAGGAAAACAGUGAUGCAAUUGUGUCAUGAUCGAGGUUAUCUCGUUACGCAGGAUGAAUUGGAUCAAACUUUAGAACAGUUUAAAGAACAGUUCGGUGAUAAACCGAGUGAAAAAAGGCCAGCCCGUAGCGAUCUUAUUGUCUUGGUAGCGCACAAUGACGAUCCGACUGAUCAGCUUUUUGUAUUUUUCCCAGAUGAACCAAAGAUUGGAAUUAAAACCAUUAAAACUUAUUGUCAACGUAUGCAAGAAGAAAAAAUUCAUAGGGCUAUCAUUGUUGUACAGCAAGGGAUGACACCAUCUGCUAAACAAUCAUUGGUUGACAUGGCACCAAAAUAUAUAUUAGAACAGUUCCUAGAGUCUGAAUUACUUAUCAAUAUCACAGAACACGAAUUGGUACCUGAACACAUAGUGCUUACUCCAGAUGAGAAGGAAGAAUUGCUUAGCAGGUAUAAAUUAAAAGAAAAUCAAUUAAUGCGUAUACAAGUUGGUGAUCCAGUGGCACGUUAUUUUGGUUUAAAACGUGGACAGGUUGUAAAAAUCAUUAGGCCUUCUGAAACUGCUGGAAGAUAUAUUUCUUAUAGACUUGUAUGUUAAAUAAAUACUUUUAUAACAAAGAAUUUAUGGUUAAGAAUGGAUUGUUAAGUGUAAAUUACAAACUACAUAAUUUUUAUAAUUAUCAUAUAAAAACAAAAUUGAUAAAUCUAUUUUAUCAGUUAUAAAAAAUAGAAUAGACAAUCAUAUUUUUACAUAGUCUUUUAUUAUACUAUCAUAAUUAUGUUUAAUAAUUACAUAAUAAAUAGUUUAAUAUCAACUAUACAGGAGGCAGUUAAUAACUUUUCAUUGGCUUGCCAUUAACUUAAAAAGACAAUACAGUUUUAUACAGUUUACAAUCAAUCCAUAAAAUCAGAGUCAACAAAAUGAAAUUUGUUCAAAUAUAUAUAUUUUAUUAUACUUCAUUAUUAUACACUUCUUGGUCCAGAUAUAUCAUGGUAUAUUGUCAUAAGACAACUCAAUUCCAAAUUCACUCAAGCAAUUGUACACAUAUAAUUCCACAAAAUUCUUUAUAAUAAUUGUAUGCGUAUAUUGCUUUAUUAAUUUUACUUUAACAUUUAAUAUUAAGUACUUGGAAAACAAAAAUAAUACAUUCAUAAACACACGCUAGUAACAAAUCAUAAAAUUGUAUAACUAUGAUUAAAGACUAAAACCAUUUUAAAACGUAUAAAACAAUUAAAUUUGUUUAGUAUAUACUUUGAAAAAUCUAUGCUACUAAUUUCUCAUAAGUUGUGAUAAAGUUUCACUAUACCACAUUCAUAUUUAUGAUAACAUCAACCAUAAAACUAGAAUAAAAGUGAUAAAUCUGUGUUCUAGCAGUUUCAAA